GUGAGGGAGGAGGGAGAGAGAGACCGCAACACGAAAGCAACAGCAAGAGAAGAUUUUCCAAAAGAAUACAACAAGCGAAAGAUGAAAGAAAUGGGAAGAGGAGACCAAGAAGAGGUUGGGUUGGUUCGGUUUUGUAUUUCGUCUCAGCGAGGAAGAGACUGAGAUAUGGCUGCAAAGUCAAACCCUUGGAGCUGAAAGCGAGGAGACGGCGAAGUUCGGUAGGGGGGAAAUCUCCGGCGACGAUCGAGAUCGGAACUCGGAUGGUAUUUACGAUCUCCAGCGGCGGCGUUCAUCGCGGAUGGGAGGCGGUUGGUAAGGGUUGGUGGCGGGGGAGGCGGCGGGGCUCGCCGGCGGAGGGGACGGGGGAGUGCUCGGGGCGACCGCUGUGGUUCUUUCUGGGACGAUGAGACGGGGCAAGGGCCGUAACGGGCUGCUUCCGAGUUCACUUCGUAUCAUCUCUUCGUGCCUGAAGACGGUGUCCACAAACGCCAGCAACGUCGCCUCUACCGUUCGAUCGGCCGGGGCCUCUGUGGCUUCCUCAAUCUCAGUGCCGCCCGAGGAUGAGAAAGACCAGGUAUUAUGGGUUGGCUUUGACAAGCUAGAGCUCAGUCCAACUUCCUUCAAACAUGUUCUUCUACUUGGUUAUGCCAAUGGCUUUCAAGUACUUGAUGUUGAAGAUGCCUCAAAUGUCUGUGAGCUGGUAUCAAGGCGUGAUGGCCCAGUUACAUUCUUGCAGAUGCAGCCCAUCCCAGCCAAAUCAGAAUGGGAGGGGUUUAGGUCAUCACAUCCAAUGCUGUUGACUGUUGCUGGUGAUGAAACCAAGGGAUCAGGCAUGGUCCAAGGUGGCCGCUUGAGUGCAUUGAUUCGAGAAGGUUCAAGUGAGCCUCAGCAAGGAGUCUGCUUGAGUGCUCCUACUGUUGUUCGCUUUUAUUCGCUAAAAUCACACAGUUACGUGCACUUUCUCAGAUUUCGAUCUGCUGUGUAUUUAGUUCGAUGCAGUCCCCGCAUUGUGGCUGUGGCUCUUGCGGCACAAAUAUAUUGCUUUGAUGCAGCUACUCUUGAGAACAAGUUCAGUGUAUUAACCUACCCAUUGCAAGGAGCAGCUGGAGUUAAUAUUGGCUAUGGUCCCAUGGCUGUUGGUCCAAGAUGGUUAGCAUAUGCAUCUAAUAACCCACUUUUGUCAAAUACAGGGCGCCUCAGUCCGCAGAACCUGACACCCUCGCCUGGAGCUAGCCCAUCAACUUCACCAGGUAGUGGUAACUUAGUUGCUCGUUAUGCAAUGGAGUCUAGCAAGCAGUUGGCUUCUGGAUUACUAAGCAUUGGAGACAUGAGUUAUAAAACUCUGUCAAAAUACUACCAAGAGCUUGUUCCUGAUGGUUCUUGCUCCCCCUUGGCACCAAAUUCUAAUAGAAGAACUGGAAGGCUUCCGCUAGCAACACAUUCUAGUGAGGCUGAUAACGCUGGAAUGGUAAUGAUCAAGGAUUUCAUUUCUAAAGAGGUUAUUUCUCAAUUUAGGGCUCAUACCAGCCCAAUAUCUGCUCUUUGUUUUGAUCCCAGUGGUACCCUUCUAGUAACAGCUUCUGUAAAUGGGCACAACCUGAAUGUAUUCAGAAUAAUGCCUACCUGCAUAACAAAUGCUUCAAACUCCACAUAUUAUGAUUGGACUUCUUCGCAUGUACAUCUUUACAAACUGUAUCGUGGAUUAACAUCAGCUGUCAUACAGGACAUCUGUUUUAGUCAUUAUAGCCAGUGGAUUACAAUAGUUUCAUCAAGGGGUACAUGCCAUAUUUUCUUAAUGUCCCCUUUUGGUGGUGAUGCUAGUCUUCAACAACAAAGUCCUUACUAUGAUGGGCCAAACCCUGUUCCUAACCUUACAAUGCCAUGGUGGUCAAGCUUAUCUUGUAUGAUAGAGCAGCAAUUUCUUCAACCUCCGCCACCUUUGACAGUUUCUGUUGUUAGUAGAAUUAAAAAUUUUAGCUCGGGAUGGCUUAAUACUGUCAGCAGUGUCACUGCAUCUGCAGCUGGGAAGAUUCCCAUACCCUCGGGUGCAAUAGCUGCUGUAUUCCACAAUUCUAUAAGCCGUCCUAUACCACCAGUUCAUGCAAACAAUUGUUCAUUGGAACAUUUGUUGGUCUAUUCUCCUUCUGGCCAUCUGAUUCAACAUGAACUUCUACCAUCAUCAGGGGAAGAAUCCAGUGAUAGCAGCUCAAGAAGCGAAUCUGGUCCUUUAUUGCAGUUUCAAGAUGAGGAGUUACAUGUAAAUAUUGAAUCAGUUCAAUGGUGGGACGUAUGUAGGAGGUCUAAUUGGCCUGAAAGAGAACAAAAUGUUCCUCAAGUUACCUUUUAUGCUGAAAAUAAUAUAGAGACAGUCAUGGAUACACCUGACAGCGGUAUUGGCAAUAAUUCAUGUUCUGUGCCAUCUGCCAAAUUAUUGGCUGGAAAAGAGACUUUAAAAGCUCAUGAAAGGCCUCAUUGGUACCUUUCAAAUGCUGAAGUGCAGGUUUGCUCCGGAAGGAUGCCAAUAUGGCAGAAGAAGAAAAUAUGUUUUUAUGUGAUGUUGCUAUCAAGAACUAAUGAGAACACUGCUUAUGGUUGUGAUGGUGGGGAGAUUGAAAUCGAAAAACUGGCAUUCCAUGAAGUUGAAAUAAGGCGAAAAGAUUUAUUGCCUGUUUUCAAGAGCUCCAAUUUAGUUCGUGGGGAUGGUAGCGUUGGUAGAGAGAGAUACCAGAAUUCAACAACAUAUGCAUUUGAAGGUGCCGAUGAGUUGAUCAAGAAUACCUCUGGUACUGGGCACUUAAAGACACCUUUAGUUGGCUUUGAAUUAGAAGCUGAGAAUUUGGUUAACUUGGAUGGAGUUUGUACUGGAGAUUCCGAGCCGGCUAGCAUGCCAUUUGUGAACAAGUUGAUUUGCCAAAACAGCGAGUGCCGCAUGUUCGGUGAAAGCAUAGUUUCCCCCCCAACAUUGCCCCAGAGAAAUUCAACUGGAGAUAGAGUAUUUUACCCCAACAUAGGCAGCUUUUCUUCAUAUUCCACUCGCUCUCAUAUCCCCACUGUGAAUGGCUUUAACCCACCCUCUACUAGCUCGGCAUGUCCUAUUACAGCAGUCAUAAAUCCAACCAACAGUUUAAGCAGUGAAGUAUCAAAUGGUAGCAUGCCAGGCUCAAAUCUGGAACAAAUGGAAGCUUCUGGUUCUCAUAAUUCAGUAGAGUUCACUCAAAAUUUUCAUGAAGGUUAUUGCAAUGUAUCGGAUCUCGAUGACUGCCGUGAGUUAACUGAAGCUGUUACAGAUGUAGACAGCAUCAGCAGCCACUGUGAGAGAGGAAAAUCAGAGGAUGGGGACAAUGAUGACUUGCUGGGAGGAGUAUUUGUCUAUUCAGAAGGUUGAGCUCCACUUUGGACAAUAUAUAAUAAUGGUUGAAUAGCUUAAUAUGUGAAGUUGGAAGCCAAUUUCGUUUACAUGGAUCUCUUUGGAAUAUUGGUUUUAGUGAUUUGAGAAUGAAGAAAUCUCAGUUGAUCUGAUAAGGUGAUCAUUCUCAUCAGAUGGCAGGAAACCUGAAUGUGGGUUUUGCUUCAGUUCUUUUUUUUUUUUUUUUCUUUCUUGUAUAUUGUGUAGAUUUGCUUUUGUAAUUCAUGAAACACUACCAGGGCAUGAGGCGUUAUCUCGUGGUUCAAUUGGAGUGUUUACUGUUCUUCUUUGUCCUGCCAUGAGGUGAAAGCUGCAUGUGUCGAUGUACAGAAUUGUCAGAGGUUGGGCUUAUUCAUGGAAAUGUUAAUCCUUGCAAUGUUCUAUGGGGUGAAUUCUUGAAUAUUCUUUAUAUAUUUAAGCUAUAAAAACUUUUUUGAAAA